CAUCUGUGGUUUAUGUGGAAAGUCUGCGAAUCGGCAGCAACGGGAAAUAAAUAAUCGUUUUACCGUCUGUGUUCGCAAUUGUUUGUUUUUGUCGCGUUACCGAUACGUGUUGGCAGUAUUUUUACAGGCAGCUAAAUCAAAGCUUCCACUGUGUGCAGUUGCUGUUGCAUUGUUUUCUCCUCCGUCGUUCCCCAUCGGCGAACAUUGUUGAUACUCCGAUACACCUCACCAUCAUCAUCAUCAUUAUCAUCGCCAUCAUCACCAUCGGAAUUGGCAUCAUUGCUUAAUCAAUCCGGUUCGGUGUGCUGGUGCUGCUGGAGAAAGUGUUUUCGGGAUACGAUCGUUGUGGAGCAAAGUGUCAUCUGUUUGUGGUGCAUCCAUAUUUCCCAAGAUUGUGCGUGGUUGUCCCGGUGAUGCACCACCCGACAACCUGCUAGCAAAGCAACAGUGCUGUUAAACGCCUACAGGCAUUAAACGUGAAUCUAUUGAACGGUAGUGAUUGUUGUGGCCCCCUCUCUACCUAUCGGUUAUCUCAAUAUCGUCAUCAAUACGACAAGUGGACACGGAGAAAACUUUGAACCGAAACGUAGUGUGCAACGGGCGGAUCUCGCUACCACCUUCCAGCAAUGGCUUCCAAUGCUGCUGCUCCGGGCGGAAAAAGUGACACGUCACGGAAACCACCUGUGAUAAAGAAUCCGCUGCUGAGCUCGCAGGUUACCGGGUUGACGCUGGACGAUUUUGCGCCGGUGGCGGUGCUGCUCCCGGCAGCGCCACUGCCCGCCAUCGCCAAGGAUACAUCGGAAUCAACAGCACCCAGCAAGCCGGCCAUCUUUAGCUCGCAGCAAACGGUGACGGGCACGAUCCCGGAGCUGCCACAGGAUACGGAUAGCUUUAGCGAGAUCGAUCUUACCGCCACCAGCGAAUCGCAAGCCCCGUCCCGGCCGCCCACGAUCGACUACAAUCCGUUGCAGGAUUUGGAAGAUAGCGACGGACGAGCGGGCCCGGUCCAGUACGGUGACACCGGGGAGCAGUCGGGCGGAUCGUACCUGCAGCAAACGUCGGCACUGACCGCCCAGUUUGCCGCCCAGCUGCCGAACGUCGCGUCAACGGUAUUUUCGACCUUCAGUCGUGUCAUCAAGGGCACCUCGCCGGCACCUCCAGCAACCGCACCGCCGUCGUACGCAAGCGACCCAUCAGCGGCACACGUGGUCGGUACGUACGGUUCGCCGGCAGAAUUUCAAACUACUACGCCCGGCAGCAACAACAACAACCCGUCGACGUUAGGGCCGUUAAUAAAUUCAUCCGCGUACGACCCGUCGUCCGCCUUCGGUGCACCACCGCAAACCGCACCGGACGAUCGUCAACAUUCGGAGGGACAAUUAGCCGCCGGACCGCCACCACCCGCACCGACGUUCUACAACCCGGAACAGGUGCCGUCGGCUGCGGGGCUACCACCACCGACCGCUCACGGGGGCAUAUCGAACACGUACCGGUUAGGUGGCAGCAAGAAGAAAACGUACGCGCAUAUACCUGGCCUGAACACCACCACCGCCCAACCGGUCCUUGGGUCGGCUGCAUCAUCGGCACCGAACGCUGCAGUACCAACACCCCCUGUAACCCAUCUCUUUGUGACACCAUCGGGACACUAUCCGCCCGCACCCGUCAAUCUAGGCGAAGUCAAACAGGCAGCACCACCGGAGAACGAAGAACUUCCCAAAGGCAAGCCGUCGCUGUUGAGCUACCUGCCGAGCAACAUCCUUGAGAAGCUUCCCAAACCGAGCUUUGGUGGUGAGAAGAAGGAAGAACCCGCGGCCCCGUUCACUGGCGGAAUAUCAAGUGGAUCAAUCGCGGACCAAUUUGUCGAUGUCAAUGUUGCACCGACAGGGGCACCGGUAACUGCAGUACCACCUCCACCACCGUUGGCGAGUGCUACGCCAUUAGCCGCUACUGUACCGUCGUUCUUUGCGGCUCCACCAGUAGUCGAAUUUGCACCACCGCCAGUUGUAGCACCGGUAGAAGCGAGUAGCAGCACCUUCUUUACGGCCGCUGCUCCGGAGACAGCAAAUUCAGCAGGUCCGUCGGUACCGCCCGUCUCGGAACCGGUGGCAGCAGCUCCACCUCCGGUGUUUUUCUCGCCCACGCAGAUUCCAACGGUUCGCACGGCACCGUCCGUAUCGUCGAAGAGCAAUCCGUACAGCUCAACGCGUGCCUCGGGCGUUGGACGGUACAAGAACCCGCUUGCCCCGAUUGUGCCGCCCGUUGCUGGAGCGGUAUUUUUGCCGAAUCAGCCACCACCGUUGUCUACUGCGCAUCAGCUGGGAGCUCAGCCACUGCCGCCGCCAUCUCAAACGGGACCGGCAGCAGGCGUGCCACCGAGCAUUUUUACGCCUCCUGUUACAGCAGCUGCUCAACCGGUAGCUUUAUCUAGCGCUCCAGAGGCCAAUCAACCACAGCCGCCACCACUGGCAAGUGCACCUCCAAGUAUUUUGACGCCUUCUUUUGCGCCAUCGGCAAAUCCAGCACCGGUUUCAAUUUUCAAUCCAACUGCUCCAAUUCCGGUCCAACAAUCGCCAAUACCACCACCACAAUCGGAGGGCAGCGUACAGCCUGCUUUGAUUCCGGGUCCUACUUACCAAGGAACCGCCUCAACUCAGCCACAACCCGCUUCAGUAAAGGCCGAGGCUGUACCUCAAUCUUCCUUAGGAUCGAUAUUCAAUCCAUACGCAACACAGCAGCAGCCGCUUGAAGCGCAACAGGUGGACACAAACUUAAACUUCCAGCAAACGGUAACUGCAACAGAGCCGUCGCUUUAUAAUUCGGAAAAUUUACCCAUUGCCGCCCCAGCCACAUCAAGCUUCCCACUAGCUGCUGAGUCGGUGCAAAAUCAAUUCGCUUCUUUUAGCAUUGGAACUGCUACAGCGAUUGCAUCAGUCGCCUCGCAAGGCGUGAACGACUUCCCGUCAUCGUUUCUAGGAACAGAACCAGCUCAAUCUCCCGGAUCCGGUACCGCGAAGCCUAUCGUGGACAGUCGCUCCAAGUCGAGCGAAAACGUACUAUCGCCACCACCGCGGCCCAACUCGAACCUUAGCGAACCGGCAGCAAUAUUUCCCGGGUCCGUACCGCCGGCAGACAUUUUCCUUCCUAACCCUCAAGAGGAACAGCUUACUCAGCUACCCGCUCAAGACUUGAACGGCAAUAACGGGCUGUCCAACUUUUUCGGUGCAAAUCUUUCUCAACCAGCGAUCCCGGUUGUUGAAUCACAAACGAACGCAAACUUUGUUUUCUCAGCCCAGCAACCGAUAGAGCAGCAGGCUAAGAAGACGGUGCUUGCAUCGCCCGAGCCAACGCCAGCCAUAAAUCCGGUCGAUUUCUUCAACAGCAACACUAUCAUCCCGCAGGCAGACGCCACCGAAGCGAACUCCAUCAAAACGGGUCAAACCGUCUCGUCCGUGCCGCUGUUUAACUUUUUCGGUCGUGCAGCUGACCCGGCACCACCCGCGGUUGUGCAUGCACCGGCAGAAAGCGUACCGUUGGUGGAAUCCACGCCCAAAGGUCCUGUGAAGGAAGCAACGCCUACUGCCAACACUACUGCGACUGAGCAAGCUGUUUCCUUGAGCGUAUCGCACGUCAGCAGCUUCAGCAACCUCGCGAACGAACGCUACGACGAGGAAGGCGAACAGGAACCCGGCCGUAUAGAGCCCGCCUCCAACGAGCCGAUCUUCAGCAGCGACAAUCUGUUCGACUUCAAAGCGUCCGCCUACCAAGACGGUGGUUUCUAUUCGCGCGAUACCGGCCGCACGUACGACACGUACGACGGGAACAGCAGCAUGGCAGCGAUGGCGACGACGAGCGUCGGUGCGCAGGACACCACCACCGCCACGACGAACACGGGGGGCACCUCGAUAGCGGAAUCCAGCACCACCAACAUUGCCUACCGGCCCACCUACAACCACUGGUUCUAUCGGCGCGAGAUCGAGGGCAAAAGCGUCUGGUCCCCGUUCACCAUGGCCGACUCGAUGGCGCUCGAGGACGGGCUGACGACGCUGCAGGCAAGGGGCGAAAGCGCAGACGCAGAAAACGACGGCAACCCGCCCGUGAUAGUGCACACCGACGGCGGACGGUACGAUGUGUCGAUCAGGGAGCGAACGCGCACGCCCGUCUAUUGGAAGGGGCCGGCCAACGAGGUGCGGCGGUGCUCCUGGUUCUACAAAACGGUCGACUCGCGGUUCGUACCGUACGAGGAGGAGGUGGCCGAUCUGCUCGAGCGCGAGUACAAGGAGGCGGCUACGUCGGGCGAGUGGCACCGGCGGGUGACGAUCCCGAACGGGGAAACGGUCGUGUUUCACGGACCGUCCGUCAUCGUGCACUUCCUGCAGACACAGAAUCCGGACACGUGGGGUGGCGGCAGCUCGCCCGUGCCCUCGACCACGAACCGGCCGCGCGUGGUGAAGCGUGGCAUCGAUGAGUUUAGCAUCGACGACGACGAGCCGGAAAAGAUCGACCAUUUGCUGUUCAUGGUGCACGGCAUUGGGGAGGCAUGCGAUCUGCGGUUUCGGCGCGUCGAGGAGGUGGUGGACGAGUUCCGCAGCAUCUCCGCCCAGCUCGUGCAGAGCCACUAUCGAUCGUCGUUCGAUCGGGGCGAUGUGGGGCGGGUCGAGAUACUGCCCAUCUCCUGGCACGACGAUCUGCACUCGGAGGAGUCGGGCGUGGACGAGAAGCUAAAGUCGAUAACGCUACCGUCGAUACCGAAGCUGCGCCACUUUACCAACGACACGCUGCUGGACGUGCUGUUCUACACCAGCCCGAUGUUUUGCCAAAGCAUUAUCGAUGCGGUUGGCAAAUCGUUGAACCGGCUGUACGCGCUGUUCUGCCAGCGCAAUCCAACGUUCCAUGGGCGCGUUUCGCUGGCGGGCCAUUCGCUCGGCUCGUUGAUACUGUUCGAUCUGCUGUGCCAUCAGAAGCGUGCCGAGCAGAAGCAGUCGUGUGAGCCGGAGAAUUCGGAGAAUCCCGACGAUGAUACGGUAUCACCGCUAACGCCACACCAUGCCUUCGUCAACCAUCGGCCGCUGGUGCGCAAAUGCUCGCAGCAGAUCAACUACGAAGUGGGACCGGCCGGUACGGGCCAACCGUACAUAACCUACCCGCAGCUAAUGUUUCAGCCGAAGAUGUUCUUCGCCCUCGGCUCACCGAUCGGUAUGUUCGUGACGAUACGCGGCAUCGAUGCGCUCGGCCUGGACUUUAAGCUGCCGACGUGCGACGGGUUCUUUAACAUCUUUCACCCGUACGACCCGGUCGCGUACCGCAUCGAGGCACUGAUCAAUCCCGAUCUGAGCACGCUGGCCCCGGUCCUGAUACCCCAUCACAAGGGCCGCAAACGGAUGCACCUGGAGCUGAAGGAGACGGUACUGCGGGUGGGCAACGAUUUGCGGCAGCGCGUCACGGACGUGUUCCGCAACACGCUCGACACGGUGUACUCGCUGACGGCCAUGGGCUCCAAGCCCGAUCCGAAGGCGAUACAGAAGGAGGUGGAUAAGGUGCUGCAGGAUCAGCUGAAGUUUGAUGCCGCCGGCUCGACGUCCAACCUGUCGUCCGGCACGAGCGAUGUCGAUAGUGGCGAGACGAAUCUUCCGCUCGGCAAGCUGAACCAGUCCCGGCGCGUCGAUUACGUGCUGCAGGAGGCGCCGUUUGAGUUCAUCAACGAGUACUUGUUUGCGCUGACCAGCCAUGUGUGCUAUUGGGACUCCGAGGACACGAUGCUGUUUCUGAUGAAGGAAAUCUACAGCAGUCUCGGCGUACAGACGGAUCAUCAAGUGCCGCAGCAAACGAUGACGAUCGAGCGGCCACUGGCCGGCACCAGCCCUACCGUGGCCGCCUCAAGCUGCUCUUUAAACAGCAAUUACAAUCUGUUCCCACAGGAAGUGCCACCGGCCCGAGAUGCGCCUGACAAUCGGCUAUAGUUUGCACUGAGAGACAAUUAUGCUAAUUUUGUUUGACACACACACACACACACCCGUAGCACACGGACAAUCGGCCCUAGGCUGUAAUACUCCGUGUAUGGUCUUAUCUAGUUGCUUACCUCGUUGUUUAAGUGGUCCUUAUUUAAGAGUAUUUUAGUCGAGGGUGUACAAUUUAUGUUUCUCUUAAGUGUUUUCUUUUCCUCCUACUUGUUUUACUUAGUCUGUAGCUUGUUUGCUUUUUAAAUCAUAACGGAACGCGUGUAAAAGAAAGUUGUUGCAAAUGGUUCGUCCGGAAGGUGUAGUCAGCUCGGUAGGUUUAGAACACUUGAUAUAUCAACGCAGUACAGCGCACAUUGUAUCGUGCUAGGUUAGCUAAAACAAUAAUAAAAAAAGUUAUUUAACAGAAAAAAGCUUA